AUGGUUGCGCAUAGAGAUGGUGAUCAUGGAACAUACCUUGAAAGCCGUGAUCUUAAAUACAGUUCCAAGUCGAUGGAUCCGCAGAAAAAGGGGUUUGCUCUUAGACGGGGAACUCCCGGUCUUGGGUCUGCCGCUGCCGAAAACUCGAACUCCUCGACCGUCGGUGGCUCGCGUCUGGUCAUGGACGCCGGAUCUCGGUCGAGGAUGGCCUCGCCAAAUUGCCGGAAUCUGCUGCCCGAUCUCGGCUUUGCGUCGCAACUGUCGGCCGCGAAUAAGGCUCUUCUGGGUGUGCUCAAAAACCAGCUCCAACUGUGGUCAAAAGGGCUGCUCGACCAGCCGACAACUAGUGGUUCUCUAGUCACUCAGUUUAAGGGCAGGGAUCGAGUCGCGAUUAGAGGGCCUACUCUCACUUUCGAGGCCCGGUCUGUUGCUCUCGUCGGGAAAUCUGGUGGCUCGCGUUUUGAUAAUAAACGGCCUCGUGGUUGUUUCUCUGUUAAGUCGCCCGUCAGCCUCACAAGAAAUCGCCUCGUCGUGAAUGGCUCAGUCCUCAGAAGUUGGUUCCCGCAGCGGCGGCCUUCCCUCUAUCACGUGUUCAUCUCGCCGUCGGGUGUCUAG